GUCCUGUGCUUUAAUUAGUCUAUGUAUGCUUUUGUACCGAAACGUGUGUGUCAUUUGUAUUCGGGAUGAAGAAAAAGGCAGGAAUCCAAAUAAUAAAGCCGUUACAUGGCAUAUGUGAUAGCAAAUGAGAAGUCGGAUACCCCCAUAAAUUAUCUGGACUGACGAGUUAUUGAUAUUUGUCAGAGAAGACCAUUAACUCCUAAAUACUUCAUCACUCAUAAGCCGAUUAUGAUCCGCACAGAAAAUCUGUCGGUUAUAUUGACAGUAUUUUUGAAAACAUUUUUUUAAGACGCUGUUCAGCAAAAACCUUUUUGUACUAGAUCGUGAGUCAUUUACAUUUCCUAUUGCGCAACAAGGAAGUCUGGGACAUCACGUCACAUGGUGCAGACUGCCUAUGCCGCAGGAAAUGCCCAUAAUUGAGCAUAAUAGCAGAGACUUGUUGUCAACAUGGAGGUGGUAGACAAAGAAUGUCAGCUGCCAGAAGUACCUUCCGUUGUAGAAGAUGCUGUUUUGAUCAAGUACUUGAAAGAAUGUAUAGAUAUGACACCACUCCCGGACACAACUUUGAAGGAACUAAUGGACAACAGUACUCAGUUCCCCAGGAAGUUCCCCGUACAGACAGUGAAGUGCUCUAGCCUUGUGGAGCAGAAACAUGUAUCAAAGGAAUUGCUAGAGGAGAAUGCAAAUUCUGCUUAUCCUGUACUACAUGAGACAGCACUAUUCUUGUACAUUCACUUUCUGGAACAUAAGAAGCGACAUGGAACAUGUCCAGAGAAUGCAUUAUAUGCCAACAUGGGUCUCCUUGAUUUUGUACAGCGCCUGCUAGAGAAGAGAUCUGCAACAUUUUAUGCUAAAAAUGACAAAUAUCUCCUGGUCAAUGGAACUCAGGGAAUUAGUGGCUGGGAAGCAGUUGGAUCAGAAAAUGAAAAAUCUCCAUUACUUCUUCCCUGCUGUCUGAGUUAUGAUGAAAUGAAACUCUCAGCACUUCUAUCAAUAUCUUCAUGGAGUUAUUUUAUUAACGAGGGUACACGGGAUAACAAGGGUGUCCCUCAAAAUAAAACUCAGAGCUUUACAAUCAGAGGUAUCAUCAUUGGUCUUAUUGGUGCUCGAUUGAAACGAGUUGGACUCAUGGAAUGGCAAGAGGUACUGGUAACAAAGACACAGAACACUAAGGAGAAUGGAUAUGGAGUACCGCCUGAAGUUGGAUCUUCUGAGCAGAGUAAUAAACAAGAGUGUUUGUAUUCUUGGAGAAAGCUCUGGGCCAAAUUCUAUGGAAUAAAGCCACACCUUCCCCUGUUUGAGGAUGUUGUCAAACUUUGUAAGUCGGGCAACAAUGCUGCCAUGAAUCAAUAUAAACAGCUGAACAAGGACAGAUUCUUUGACAACAUAGCUUACAAGAAGCGAGUGACUGUCUCAAUUGAGACACUUUUACUAGAGGCAGAAGCCAGAGCAGCUUCCAUUGGGACUACAGCUUAUAUCCAUGUGGUAGGAAUUGGGCUUGGUGUUUGGCGUGCAUCAGAACAUCAGGAAAAGGAAUUUCUGGAGGCAUUUGCAGCCUGCCUUCGCAGGCUGCACUCUGUCCUUCAGCAUGUUUCAGACAUAAAUUUUGCAUGGUUUAAGGAACAGAUGUGUGCUGAAACUUGGAAAGGAAUCAUGGAAUCCAAUGGAACAGGUCUUGGGAUUCACAUAAUUUUUUCUAAGAGACCACCACAUUCCAAACUGUCAGAACCUGAAGAUGCUGGAAAACUUCUUGUUGUUUCAUAUGCAUGGGAUGGAAAUGCUCUUCCUGGUAAUGAGUUCUGGAUUGGAAAACUCAGCUCAACUGGAGAUUCAGCGGCUGCAUGUUCAACACAGGUGGCUGAACUGCAUAACACACAUGUGAACAAGAAUAAAAUCAGUAGUUCCAACCUUCAUAUAGCCAGUGCACAGUGGGGAAUCCUGCAUGUAGCAGAAUAUGUUCUGAAAAAACUUAAGAAGUGAAGCAGAAGUUAUUGGUCUGUCAUGUACAACACUGAUGGUAAUCUGAAUCAGGGAGAAAAUGGUUGAAUCUGUAGAAGCUCCUGCAUGAGUGACUCUUCAUCAUUAUUAUUAUUGAAAAGACUUAAUACAGCUGCAUUAAAUUUGUCAGUUAUAACCUUAUAGUUUCAUGCCAUAACAAUGUUUGUAUAAGUUUACUUAAAAACAAUAGUUUAUAUAUCAUUUGUAGGAAUAACUUUAUUCUGUUUUCAUGCAAAAUGCAUAAUCCUAGUUCCAGUGGUCCAUCAGUUAUUGCUGUUAAACUUAAAACUAGAUAAAAAUUCUGCAUUUUAAAUUGUGCACAAAAAAAUCACAAACAAAAUUUGCAUGUUUUUUGAGGAUCUGUUACCACAUCCAUUUCAGAAACCUGUAUUAGUGUUGUUCCAACCUCACAAGUUUAUGCAUUUGUCAUCUUAUUAUUGAUUCUUGGAAAUUAAAACACAAGGUUGGAAUAGUCUCAAGCGGCCUAACAUUCAUACCAAAUUUCAUGACUAUCAGAUGGUUCACAAGUUCAAGACAGUGAGGGACAUACACAGACAUUAUGGUUACCUUAUAAGCCUAAGAAAUUCCAAGAAAUACGUACAUUUUAUUUUCACUGGAAGUGCUGAAGCUACAGGCAUUUCAGAAGGUAAAUUUUAUGGGUAAAUUAUUUAUAUUUCUUCAUAUUUCAGCAAAUAUACCAUCUCAGGUAAUAGGAAAAAAUAUACGUGUCAAUGGAUGGAUCAAUGAACAAAGAGGCACUUCCCACCAUAAGACAUUUGAACAUUUAUAACCACCAGAAAUCUAUAAAUACUUGCAGAUACAGACUAUACAUAUUGUAUUCUGCAAGUACAAAUGUAUGAAACAAAAUACUGUAUUGAUACAUAUGAGGUAUUAGCAACUUCUUAAUAUUCUUUGGUGAAUGAAAAUCAUAUGUGAGUCAAAUUAAAUUUUGGAACUGAAUACUUUAUUAAGUAAAGGUUUAAUAUCAAAAUGGAAGUGAACGUGACCUUCCAGUGGCCUGAACUGCACUUUGUAGUAGAAGUUGCUGGCUGUAUCUACCAAUUUAUGUGUUUGAAAGAAGUACACACCUUGUCUGGUGUGCAUGUCCCAUGCAACCUUUUUAUUUAUCUGUACAGUUUGUCUUGGUCCUGUUGAAAUGGCAUGCUUUAGGUUACCAUCCAAAUCCCAAUCCACCCAUAGGGCAAUACCAUGACAUGUUCCACAUCUGAAAUUAGAAAUAAUAUAAACUAAUAGAUGUACCUAUCACAUAUGAAGCUGAUACUGUAACAGGAGUAUUAUUUCCCAGUUUUUCAAAGUUAAUUUUUUUUAAGUGUGUGAUAAUUGAAACACUGACUAUAAUGGUUUGUGAUAACUAAUAUUGUUAUGAUAUGAUUUUAUUUAAACAUUAUCUAUUUUCUGAAUAAGAAAUUGUAUGUUUUAGAGGCUGGAUUUUAAAGACUAUAUUUUUUGUCAUGUACAAAUAUGGUGUUUCAUCAAAACCUUUUGAACGGCUUCUGAGAUCAAUGUGCCCAUGUGACACAACUUCAACAUAAUAUAUUUUUUGAUGCACUUCAUGCAAAAAAUACAUAAAAAGUAUGUAUACCUGUAUUCAUAAAAAGCACUACUUUUAAUGUUGACUAUGUAACUCACUGAAUUUAUCCAAUAAUAUAUAUACAGAUAUAAAUUAAAACUUUGGUGUAUGUUUCAUGCAUUGUUUGUUCUGUGGUUGUAAGCAAUUUUUAUUUUAAGAUUGUAAGAACUUAGUUUAUUAAAAAGUUUAACACUA